GCAACGGCUCGGAAGCAGCAGCAGCAGCUGCAGAAGAGGCGAACUUGCCUCUCUCUCUCUCUCUCUCUCUCUGUAGGAGACUCGCCGUACCUUUUUCUCUCUCCCCGAAUGCUGCUCCGCUUCUCUCUCCUGGGUUUAAGCGAUUGGAGAGUGAGGUGCGUGUUGCUGUGAGUAAAGAGAGGGGAAAUAGAGGAAUGAAGAUGGUGUGGAGAUCGAGGGGGAGGAGAAGAUCUGCAUCUGCUGUGGAUGGGGCGGACUUGAAGAUCUACGUGCAGUUCUUGCUGGGGUUCCUGUUGAUUUUUGCGGCUCGCAUUUCGCUUGGCGACACUAAUCCUGGUGAUGUUACCGCGAUAAAUAACUUGUAUGUGGCUCUGGGAUCCCCUGUUCUUCCUGGGUGGGUUGCUAGCGGAGGAGACCCGUGUGGAGGUUCAUGGCAAGGAGUUAUUUGCAAUAACACCAAUAUAAAAUCAAUUACUAUUAAUGGAGCCAAUUUGGGAGGCGAACUGGGGGAUAGCUUGGGGACCUUUGCUUCAAUCAGAACUAUAGAUCUCAGCAACAACCGCAUAGGCGGCAGCAUUCCAUCAAAUUUGCCGGCUACCAUGCAAAACCUUUUUCUUUCAGGUAAUCAGUUCACUGGAAGCAUCCCAAGUUCUGUGUCUUCUCUGACUGAACUGUCGGCCAUGUCUCUAAAUAACAAUCUUUUGAGUGGUGAAAUUCCGGAUGCUUUCCAAUCCCUUACAGGAUUAAUCAAUUUCGACUUAUUUAGUAAUAAUUUGAGUGGGCAUCUUCCUCCUUCUAUGGGAAAUCUAUCAUCUUUGACCACCCUACACAUACAGAACAACCAGUUAUCGGGAACCCUUGAUGUUCUACAAGAUCUUCCCCUAAGAGAUCUGAAUGUAGAGAAUAACCUUUUCUCUGGACCUAUACCUUAUAAAUUACUGAGUAUCCCGACCUUUAGGAAAGAUGGAAAUCCUUUCAAUAAUUCCAGUGACACUCCGUUACCUUCGCCUUCGACCCCAACGCCGCCAUCAUCAGGGACUCCUUUUUUCGGGGGCGGGCCGCCGUCUUCCACUAAAGCACCGCCAAAACCGGCGGAUGGACCAUCUGCAACAGAGCAAUCAAAAUCUGGUUCCUCAAAAAAGUCUUCCACCAAAAGAAUCGUCUGGAUAACAAUAGCAGUAGUCUUAUCAUUUAUGAUUUUGGCUCUAGCAGUCGCACUUUCCAUAUCUGCAUGUACUAGAAGAAGACACGAGGUUGACAGAAUUCCCAAGAGGCACGACAUCGGUGCAUAUAAUGGCAAAAGAGAGAAUCCUAGGGAAAAUCCUUCUUUAGUCCUGCCACUGAGUCAUGCAGAUAAAGUACCUAGAGAGACAGCUGUGAAGCUGUCGGAGGAUCAUCAACCAGAGAGCAGGAAAGUGUGGGCCGUUCCGAGGACACAAAACGAGCGAGAAAGAAAUGCACAGAGAACUGGUCUGAUGCCUGAUGGGGUAGAUCAGGAGAUUGAUGUGAGUGCACUUGAUGUGUACUUGAUACCUCCUCCCCCACCCCCUCUGCCUCCUCCGCCGCCUCCUCCGCCACCACCCGAAAUUAUUGUGAAGCCCGCUGUGCCUGAAGAAACAGAGGCCACAAAGCCUUCCACGAGAACUCGUAUUCCUCUGGUUUCUGCCAAGUCCUUCAACAUUGCAUCCCUUCAGCAAUUCACGAACAGCUUCUCUCAAGAAAAUCUAAUUGGAAGUGGCAUGCUUGGUAGUGUGUAUAGGGCAGAGCUUCCUGAUGGCAAGUUGCUGGCGGUCAAGAAAUUAGACAAGAGGGCUUCCAGUCAGCAGAAGGAUGUCGAGUUUCUGGAAUUGGUGAACAAUAUUGACAAGAUUCGACAUGCAAACGUCGUGGAACUCAUGGGUUACUGUGCUGAGCAUGGCGAAAGGCUUCUGAUAUAUGAGUAUUGCAGUUGUGGGACAUUGCAGGAUGCGCUUCAUUCAGACGAUGAUUUAAAGAAGAAUUUGAGUUGGAAUUUCCGCAUUAGGAUGGCGCUUGACACUGCCAGAGCCUUAGAGUACUUGCACGAGGUCUGUGAGCCACCUAUUGUGCAUAGGAACUUCAAGUCCUCGAAUAUUCUCCUUGACGAUGAUCUUUCUGUGCACGUUUCUGAGUGUGGUUUAGCUGCAUUGAUUUCUUCAGGCUCAGUUAGCCAGUUGUCAGGGCAACUUCUAUCUACUUAUGGAUAUGGAGCUCCCGAGUUCGAGUCCGGAAUUUAUACAAUCCGAAGUGACGUCUACAGCUUUGGGGUAGUCAUGUUAGAACUUCUGACUGGCCGAAAAUCCUAUGAUAGGUCACGGAAUCGAGGAGAGCAAUUUCUGGUUAGAUGGGCAAUCCCUCAACUCCAUGACAUCGAUGCAUUGUCCAGAAUGGUCGAUCCUUCUGUUAAGGGGCAGUAUUCCGCCAAAUCCUUGUCGCGGUUUGCUGAUAUCAUAUCUCGCUGCGUUCAGUCGGAGCCAGAAUUCAGGCCAUCGAUGUCGGAAGUAGUCCAAGACCUCUCAGACAUGAUUAGGAGGGACCCUUCUCCAUGAGAUCAUAGCUCAAAGACCAUCAUCAACAAACACUCAAGGAAUGGUGACCCUCUACUUGUUAAUGCCUGAUGAAUCGUGAAAUUGAUCUGCCAUGAUCCCAUGAGGAAUUCUUUUGUAAGCAAGCUGAGAAGAAGAAAUGGCCCUCUUACUAACAUAGGACAUGUUCUGAUUCCGUAUCCUUAAAAUGAUUCGAGCGGGCGAUCCGACAGCAUUAUGCCCCUCCGGAGGAGGUAACGGAGCUCAAGAUUCUGGUCCGAUUCGUUUGUGAUCGUUGCUGUUGUGUGCGUGCUAAGCAUCAAGACGAUGCAGGAACGGAGAAUGUUCAAAACCCCCAAUCGUUUCGAAAUCCUUGUUUUGUUUUUGGCUGAUCUUGAUAAGCUGAGGUUCUCUGAACUCGGUGUCCGUUGUGUAGGCUUGUAUCGGAUAUGUCGUUGUGCUGCUCAAUCUUUUCCGGCUCAAUUCAGAGUCAGUUUGCCUUUGUCAAGUAUGCACCAUGUAGAACUGCUCUCGCCUAUGUAAUUCUCAAAAAACAAAAAAAAAUUUGUCUCUC